UUCAUCGCAUCUAAUUGCUUUCAGCCGUGACGGCGACGUUUCUACGCGUGCAUUAAAGAGAAGGAGUGAUGGACCGCUGUCCGUCUGUUGCGAUGAAAACAAAGUGGUAUCCCUUUAUUUUGUGGAGCGUUUUAUCACUUGGCCUUCUAAGCUCUGCGGCGGACACGUAUGACUCUCCGCUUACGAGAAGGAAAGUGGUUUUCAAACUGGGCGCUCCGAAAAUCAAACUUCCAUUAGCUGAAGACAGAGAAUCCAACCAGAGGCUACCUGCCGACACACCUCCAGAGCCUCAGCUGGGUUACCGAAGGUCCUAUUCCGCUUCAGCACCUGUGACACUUGGACCCAUGCGACCAGGGAAACCCGAGGCAAAGAUCCAGUCAGACUUUGCUUACCUCCCGGACGUCUCUGUAACCUGCUCCACAUCUGACUUUGUCGUCAGGACCAAACCAGCUUUCUACGGUCUGGGCGCAGAAGCAGAGGAACUGUUGUUAGGCAGCAGUUGUAAAAGCAACGGGCUUCUUAGACCAUACGGCGACCUUCUUUUCUCGUAUCCACUGACCGCCUGUGAUGGCGUACGUGAGAUGCCCCCCGGUUAUCUGGUUUAUAAAUUCGUGCUCCAUUAUGAGCCGUCGCCAAAACGAUUUCCAAGCAGAGCGCACCGGGUGGAUGUAGAUAUUGAAUGCCGCUACCCAAGGAACCAUCAUGUGCACCAACUGGCUGUCCAACCAACCUGGGAAACAGUUGUUUUCCGUAAAAGGCUGAAAAGUCGUCACACGGACUACCAGAUUACCCUGAUGGAUGAUUCAUGGAGUAGGCCGGUCACCACUCGGGUCUACCAGCUUGGGCAAAAGGUUCAUAUCCAGGUUUCUGCUCCUCAUCUGCCUGCUGGAGGAAAACUCUACAUACGUAGCUGCUAUGCAGCUCCAUCUAGUGGCUCUAGAUCGUCCCUGAAGUACUUCAUCAUAGACAACUUUGGCUGUAUGCUGGACAGCAAGGGAGACCUGGGGACCUCUGAGUUUGUUUCCCAGACAGAUAGGACUGUGAGACUUUCCGUGUUGGCUUUCCAGUUUACUGCUGAUCCAAACACUGAGGUCAGUAUCUACUGCAGGUUGUUUGUCACGUCAGAGGAUCCAAGUCCUGUGCACAAAUCCUGCACGUACAGGGGCAACAGGUGGAGGGCGCUUACUGGUGAUGACUCCAUAUGUGAAUGUUGUGAGUCCCGGUGUGUGACUCCUAAGCCCCGGAGGGCUAUGAUGGAAGGUUCUGCCAGCAGUGGGUCAUUACUGGUGUCGGAUCAGUCGUACACAGCAAAGGACCAGUUUCUACCAGUCAGCCUCCCUCUGGACAGCAUAAGAAAACAACAGAGGACCACAAAUCGUUACAGUAAUGAGACGCACAGCCGGGACAGGUUCUUGGGAAAAGCAGUAAAGUAUAAUGAUGAUGGUGAAGAAGAAAGUGGAAUUGCAUUUGAAGCGAUUACGGGACUUAAUUUAGAUGGUUUUGGGGAGAGGGCCUUAAAGGGCAAGUGGAAUGAAUCUGAGGUGAAGCGUUUAGAUAAGUUGAGGGAGGAGGAGUCACCGUAUGGAAAAAAGGAUUCAGAUGAGAGAAGUGAAAAUGAAGUUUAUAAUGUAGAGCAAGCGAACGAUCUGAAUCAGAAGGAAAGUGAAAGGAUUAGUCACUUGGAGCAGUUGCCACUGUCGAAGAUUGAUGUACAGCCACCUGAUUCUAGAGAUGAGGGAGGAAACGGGACACAUGGAGGGAAGGAGGUGGAGGUUGAGGAGAAGGGGUUGACGUCAUACGAGGUGCAGUUGAAGAAUGAGAGCAGGACAGCAGAUGCAGAAGAUGGCGGGGAGAUGACGUGGUAUUUUUUUUGGAGGUAGUGUUUGAUCAAUUAAUCAAGUAUACUGCCUUAAGACUGGAGCUCUGCAUAGUCUGACUCAUUUCAAUAAAAUGUGAAAAUGAAA